AUGUACUCAUCAUAUAAUAAUAGAAGAUCAGGAUCUCCUCCAGAUGGAUCUCCAGAUCAAUUCGCAUUCCACAACAAUCAUCACCAACAAAUGUCCUACACACCAAUACAGGGUCCAACAAGCCAACUUCACUCUCCUUUUAGUAACAAUCAACAACAGCAACUACAACAAUCGCAAUACUUAUACAGCAAUAAUUUGCACAAUCAAGACGACGAUAGUGAAGGAUAUGCUCCCUACAUCAACGAUACUGACGAGUCUCCCCCAGAAUCACCAAUCGUAAAUCAUAUAAUUUCCAACGAAACUUCGGAUAUCAUCCCUAUUCAUGAAACUCAAACUGAAAGAUCAACAAGCUCCCAAUUCCAAACUGCAAAUGAUGAAAAGAAAUAUCGGAAAUAUUCAAGAAUCUUUCUUGUCAUUUCAAUAAUCUCAGCGGCAUUAAUCUUAGUAUUUGAAUCAUAUAUGUUUGCCACUAUAAAUAUUCAUCAUCGAGAUCUUCCCAAUAGUAGAUAUGUUGAAGUAUCUAUUUAUUUUGCAUUAUUCAUCUUUGCCGCGGUAUUCCAAGUUGUAAUCACCCUAAUUGGUAUCAUAACCCGAAACAUGUUAUUAUUAUUAUUCUUAUGUGUAUUUUAUUGUUCGAUGUUGGUAUAUACUGGUAUCCAAUAUAAUGAAGUUGCCACAAAAAUAACCGGGAUUUUAACAGGGGGAUGGAAAACCGCCACUCACGCACUUAAUAUUGCCACAAUUGGCGUGAUUGCCGCAACAUUAAUUCUUCAAUUUAUCUUGUUGUUAGCAGUAUUAAGAAAUUAUGUUGAUUGGCUUACAUUCAAAAAAGUGGGAGCUGAUUUAACUUUGAGGAAAAUGUAUACCAUAUUUCAAAUUCAUAGAUCAAUCUUAAUGUUUGAUUUCUUUUUCUUCACGGGAUUUACUAUUCAAUUUGUGGUGAUUAUGAUUAAUGAUCGAACAUCAGUUGAAUUCAUCCUAACAAUUGUGGUUAUACCACUCACGAUUAUCUUAUUAUUAGGAAGUGAUAUUUCCGCCUGUCGAGAAUUUCUCCUUGGAUCAAUUCUUGCGAUUGUGAUAUAUCUUGGUGGAAUGGGUUAUGUAUUAUAUAAAGUCAUCAGAUUGUAUUCAAAAGGAAAUACAGCAUAUGGAUUAGUUCAUGCACCUGGGGAAUAUUUCAUGGGGAGGAAAUCUUUGACGAUAUUUGCUGUAUUCACUUUAGUGUUGUUGACAAUUACAAUUGUGUUGGAAGUUAUGGUAUUAAGGAAUUAUAAAAUGGGGUUGUUACCGAUUGUUAGAAGUUAUUAUAAAUGGAUUCCGGGAUAUAAGAAAGCCGAAACGGAAACAAUUAAUAUUAGUGAUACUGAAGAUGAGUCAAAAGAAAGACCACAAACGCGUGAUGAUAGUAAUAAUUCAAUUUGUAUCGACUGA